UCCGAGCUGAAGCGGGGCAGAGGGGGAGUCUGCAGGGUGUAAAAUACAUAGGAGCUGCGAAUCAGAAACUCCGCAGACCUGCGUAACUUUUCUAACAAGCGGCGGCCGCUUUUUUUUUUCUUUCCUAACUCGACUUGGUUGCUGGAAAGAUGACCACAGCCGUGGUGUCGCCUUUCUUCGACUUUGACAUGAUAAACAAGAACAAUAAAUUCAGCUACAGCAACAACCUGGGGGGCCCUCACCCAGUGUCUGUUCCUUGCACUGGCACCAGCGUGCCCCUCUCCAACGCCACCGGAUCCCUGCUGGACAGGAAGGCGGUGGGAUCCCCCGCAAUGGCAAGCGUGUUCCAUCGGCGUCACUCUGUCAGCAGCACCAAGUUCAGCCAGAACCAGUUUCUGAACAGCCUGAAGACGGUGGAGCACUCCUCACUCAUCUCAGGGGCUGGCAACGCCAGCAGCAACAACAAGGAGUCCCGCCUGCGAGACCGCUCCUUCUCUGAGACGGGGGAGCGGCUCCUCAACAAGUGCCUGGGGCCCUCCAGCCCGACGUGCGGUGGCGGCGGCAGCAGCCCGGUGAACUCCAGCCGUUACAAAACGGAGCUGUGCAGGCCCUUCGAGGAGAACGGCACCUGCAAGUACGGCGACAAGUGUCAGUUUGCCCACGGGGUGCAUGAACUGCGCAGCCUUAGCCGUCACCCCAAAUACAAAACCGAGCUGUGCCGCACCUUCCACACCAUCGGCUUCUGCCCCUACGGGCCGCGUUGCCACUUCAUCCACAAUGCUGAGGAGCGUCGCGGACCUCCGCAGCAGUCCUCCCCUUUAAACUCUUCCAACAAGAUGGAGAGGCCCCGGCUGCAGCACAGCUACAGCUUCGCCGGCUUCUCCAGCUCCGGAGGACUUAGGGACAGCCCGACCUCGGUCACCCCGCCGCCCAUGUUCUUCCCAGACGAGGUCCCAAACUGGCCCAGCAGCAACCCUUUCACCUACUCCAGCCAGGAGCUGGCCAACCUGUUUGGGCCGAGCCUAAGCGCCGGUACGGCAGGCGCGGAGCCAAAUAGCGCCGCGCCGCCCUCUCCGACUGGCACGCCUUACUUCUUCAGACCCAUGUUGGAGUCCCCUCCGCUGUUCGAAACCCCUUCUAGCCCCCCAGACUCUCUGUCAGACCAGGAAGGCUACCAGAGCAGCUCUGGCUCCGAAUCGCCCUCGCUGGACAACAGCCGCCGCCUUCCCAUCUUCAGCCGCCUUUCCAUCUCUGAUGAGUAACGGCACGCAUCUAAAGAUUGGUGACACAAAGAGAGCAUGGCACUCCCCUCUACCUCUUCCCUUCUGUUCCCCUGAGCUUCCCCUGUCCUCCCUUACUCCAGAUCCUUGUCGUUUUUAAGGAUGUAAUAAUAAAAUUAAGGGAACUAAAUUGUAAUUUCACCCCAGCUGAUCUGCACAUAAAGUUUUAGAAAUGAUGCCAUGUGUCAUAGUGCCAAACGAGGAGUGGAAACUGAACAAUGAAAAUCACAAGAACAACAAUUGACUGUUUUUGUUUGUUUUCCCCAGGUGCCACUUGUGUAUUUUUCUCUUUUCCCUCUUUUUUUUUUCUUUUUUUCAUUCAUGAAUGUGUAGCAGUACAAGUGGCCUUGGAAAGGGGGAGUGCAUUGCACUAACCCAACCUUCCCUUCCCUCCCGUCUUCCUGCUCUGUGUCCCCGAUGACAUCACUUCCCCCUGAGCUAGCUAGAAGGUGCUCACUAAUGUAAUUGUAGCUCUGCAGCAGACGUUUUUUACAGACUGAUACGAGACAAAAACAAAGUAACAGACCCUGAAAAUAUAUGAAUAGUUUUUUUUAGUUUUUUUUUUAAAGGUUUAAUAAAAAAAUAAAGUGCCUGGGGCGGCUUCUGCAUGCGUUUAGGGUGAAUGGACUACUGUUUUUCGCUUCUUUACCUGCUCCCACGCCACUGUCGGUGCUCCUCAAGUCCCGUCUUCUGUUUCUGAUCUGGGUGAGUCUGCAGGAAGGACUUUUGAACUGGAAGUUGGUUAAAUACUCCCCUCGCCCUUUCAUCUGAGUUUCCCCUCCUGUUGCUGGUCACUGGCUUAUGUAUUUUAUUUGUCACUAUUUGGGGAAGGAAGUCUUUAUCGAACUGAUCAUUAAACCUGUAUGACUUUGCUCCCGCUCCCCCACCUUGUCGCCCUCUCCGGUCUGGGGGAUUUCCAGCAUUCCCAUGGUGCAGUUCAGAUCGGACCUCCAAGCUGUUUUACUUUAUCCCCCCCCCUUUGUCCCUCUUUACAACCUGCUCCACUGAGCAUUCUGUACUCAUUACACCCCUUUUGCUUUCAUUAUUUGAUAAUUAUUUUUUAUUAAUGUUAUUAUUACGGUUAUUAUUUGAAAAAAAAAGAAAAAAAACUUUCCAGACAGAAGGUUUGCGUGUCACUGCUUAUUUAACUUAUCAGAACAUAUUUAUUGGUGAUCAUAUGCAUUUUUUUGUUAAUUUUGUUUUUUGUAUUUAUCUGGAUAAUGAACAAUAGAAUAUAUUUUCUUUUAUGUUAAAUUAUGAUCUUCCAUAUUAAUCUAAAGAUUGUGAAGAUGUUUUUUGUCAGUUUUCCUUUUUUUUCACAGUUUAAUAUAUUGUACUUCAAUGACUUUUUGUUCUGCAACCUACACUUUGUCAGAAAUGAAACUAAUUUAAAGCAGAAAAAAAUGCAAAAAAAGUUUGCGUUUUUGAUUAUUUAUUAUACUUUUUUUUUUUUUCCUUUUCCUACUCCCUCUCAUUGGACUGCAAUUCCAUCUGAACAAGAUUUGCUGGUGUUCAUUCCAGAUGUUUUCCCUGCACAACUUGCAACAAUCUGACGGUCGCAGUUGCCAACUGUUAUUACAUAAAUUGAGCUUUUUGAGAUAAAAUUCUUGGAAAAAAAAAAGCCUGCCUCAACUGGAGGACUGGUAUAAAAUGGAUUUCCUCCCAGUUUGUUAUUACAAGCAAUAGCUGUGACCAAAUGAGUUGAGGAAAGAGUUUGUUUUUUUUUCUUUUCUUUAUAAUUUGAUCGGAUGCUUGACGCACUUGCUCGGCCCCCCUUUUGACCAGUGGAAGUGCCUCUUUGAAUACAUUCCAGGUAGCUAAAGGCUUCUCAGCCUUUUUAUAUUUGAUUAAAAAAAAUAAAAAAAACAGAGUACAGUUUUUAAAGUCUAUUGUUCUGUGUUGCCUUCACGUGUGGUGGAAGAGGUGAAAGGAUCAUGACACAAAGAAAGUGAAACUGUUGAAUGUAUUUUUUUUUCUUUUGUUUUUAGUUCAGCCAUGUGUUUUCACUACAGUAAUUUCUGUGAGUUUAUAUCAAAACCUUUUUUCCCUCUUUUUUUUUUUUUGUAAGUAUUGAUUGCAGUUAAGUCAAUAAACCCCAUAUUUUUUGGAAAACUUAA